AUGGCCACCUUCAGGGAGGCAAGAGAGGCUCUUUUGCUUGCUAAUGCCUUGGAUUUGAUCGCCGAUGAAGAAAUGCUGUUACUCUACGACGUUAACACUUCAAAGAAUCUUGACAUUCCUUACUGGAAGUACGAAAAAUUCAAUCUGGACUCUCUUUCCGACGACGAAUGCAAAAGCGAAUUCCGUUUCUUAAAACAUGAUAUCUACAAUCUGCUCGACGUUCUGGAUCUUCCUGGCAAAAUUACCUGCCCAAAUCGUUUUUAUGUUUACAGUGAUGAAGCGCUAUGCUUGCUUCUGCGUCGUUUUGCCUUUCCAUGCAGGUACGAAGACCUUGUUCCCCGAUUUGGAAGGCCUGUACCGCAAUUAUGUAUGGUGGUGUCUGAGAUGAUGGAUAUUCUUUAUGCCCGCUUCGGACAGUUGUUUUCUGGUAUUAAUCAGCCAUGGCUAUCACAAGCAAAUCUAGUUGAUUUUGCAGAAGCUAUCUACAAUAAAGGAGCCGCCCUUGACAACUGUUGGGGAUUUAUAGACGGAACUGUACGACCAGUUGCUAGGCCUAGCGAAAACCAAAGAGUAUUGUACAAUGGCCACAAGAGAGUGCAUGCGAUAAAGUUUCAAAGUGUAGUUGCACCAAAUGGUCUGAUCGUAAACCUUUUUGGACCUGUGGAAGGAUGCAGACACGACAGCGGAAUGUUAGCCAUGUCUGGUUUGUUGCCAAUGUUAGAAGCUCACUGUAUAUCUCCAACAGGCCAACCGUUAUGUUUAUAUGGUGACCCUGCAUAA